GGUGCGCAGGCGCGGGGGUGGGGUGCGCUCGGCUGGCAGCGCGCAGCCGCGACACACAGGGCCCAAGGAGGCCCUGUUACCCUGGCGACGGUCUCCCAGCUCCCUGCUGCAACCCGCCGGGCCUUCAUCGCGAUACACCAAGCUAAGAAGCCCUAGCCAUGACUUCGUCCACCCCAGCGUCCCUCUCUAUGGGCACAGCCGACGGGUUGCCUGAGACUGAGAAGAACGCAGCGGAGUCCGAGAAUACCUAUAUUCUGCGGCCCAUUUUCCAGCAAAGGUUCAGACCCUCUGUGGUUAAAGAAUGUAUCCAUGCUGUGCUUAAGGAGGAACUGGCCAAUGCUGAAUACUCUCCAGAAGAAAUGCCUCAGCUCACAAAACAUUUAUCAGAAACCAUUAAAGACAAAUUGAAAGAAAUGGGAUUUGACCGAUACAAAAUCGUGGUACAAGUAGUGAUUGGAGAACAAAGAGGUGAAGGAGUAUUCCCUCCAGAUCUUUCAACUAAGAACCUGGAACGUUCGUUGAGACCCCACCCCCAUCAGGUACCGACUUUUAUACUUGUCUCCUCAGUAUAAAACUACUCUUUACUUCAAAGCUUUUUCCUUGGUGUAUUGGUUUCCUGUUUCUGCUGUAAAAAAUUAUCACGGGCACCUAGUUGGUUCAGUUGGAAGAGAGUGUGACUCUUGAUCUCAGGAUUAUGAGUUUCAGCCUC